UACAGGCGCACAUAGGGACCUCUAUGCGCUGGUCUUUUAGGGCCUCGCAGUCAGUGACGUAAUCCCCGGGCGACUGGGAAACAUUCAAAACAAUCAUCUGUUUGAUUUUUCGGUAUUCAAUUGUCCAGUAGCUUAACGUAAUGGCACUGGAAACGGUCCCGAAAGACCUUCGCCAUUUGCGAGCCUGUCUUCUUUGUUCUUUAGUGAAGACCAUUGACCAGUUUGAAUACGACGGCUGUGACAACUGUGAGUCGUACCUCCAGAUGAAGGGGAACCGAGAGAUGGUUUAUGAAUGCACAAGUUCCUCAUUCGAUGGUGUGAUAUCCAUGAUGAGUCCUGAGGACAGCUGGGUCGCUAAAUGGCAGAGAAUAGGUAACUUCAAGCCAGGUGUAUAUGCAGUGUCAGUGACUGGCAGACUUCCUCCAGGCGUUGUGAGAGAGUUGAAAAGCAGAGGAGUGAUCUACAAAUCCAGAGAUACAGCAGUGAAGUCCUAAACCUGAAGAAGAGAUGAAGACGGGACUAAAUGUGUUUGUCAGUCAUGUCUUAUGGAAAUGCCCUUCAACUGUUCCAUUUUUGUUUAUUUUUGUUAUUAGAAAUAUUAGCACGGGAGCUCUCGGGGAGUUCCGUUUUUUAAAAUGUUGUUUCUUUGAAUAAAUGCGAAAAAUAAAGUUCUGUUUUUAUACAAACAGAGUCAUUUCUGUAACACAGAGAGAUUUGCUGAUUCAGGGAUAUAAAACUUGUAAAAAAAGAAGCAGCGGAUGUCAAGAAUAUACUGUCAGUACUGGAAGUUUCACCAGAAAAAGUAAAACAUAAAUAAAGUAAUCACCAAUAAAAUUAAAAUAAACACAUGAUAAAAAAAGAUAAAGUAAAAACCAACCAUUACAUUAUAAAAACUAAAGCUAGCCCACAACUCCAAAUUGAAUACCAGAUUAAAUAAAAAA